CUCUCCUCUUGGACAAACCUCCAAUCGCCAAAACCCACUCCCUCGCCGUGAUAGAUGGUGCCCUCGACGUCAUUGAGAAAGGAAGUAAUUCACCCCUGUCAAAUAGAGGGGAAAUCAACAAAAUCGCUCCUCCAAUUUCAAUCCCGACCAGCGCCAGAGGUGGAUGAGUUUUGUAACGAACCAUCGAAAGAAGACGACGUAAGCAGAAGGAGGGAGGUGUUCGGGUCUCGACGGUAACGAUUAUCGUCGUCGCGGUCCCUUCUCCUCGAUCGAUGGCCUACCGGCGCCUUCGCCAACAACCUCCUCCCUCUCUCUAGUCGACAAUCGAGCCCACAAAAAUCUCGACAUCGCCGCCAUCAACUCAGAUCUGGUGCGGAGGAAGCAGAUAUCGGGGAAUGAGAGAGGAUCGUUGGAGAGAGAGUUGAAGGGCGGUGGGUUUAUAGCAGCGAUAGUGUGAGGGAGAAGACGAACAGCCACCAGUUCGUUCGGCUGAGGGAGAAGAUGAGCAAAACCUGAAUCGGGUCUGAAUCCAUCGAUCUUAACGAUGAUGGAGUGGAAUCUGAGGGGACGCCUGUUGAAAAUCCCUCGCCGCCGAAGCGCAUGUCGAGGACGAAGAAGAGGAAAAGGAACCAGUCCCAGUCAAAAGCCCUGCCCCGCGCCCCCGCAGAUCUUCUUCCACAGCCGCUCGUUCCACCCCGACGGCGUCUUACCCUUGAACGCGCCGGCAUGGAAGUACACCAACACCGGCAGCUUCCUCUUCUCUCUGUCUCGUCUGGGGAUGUAGAGGCGGGUCUCGGCGGAAGAAGGGGUUGAAUCAGUGGGAAUGAGGCGGCAGGAGGAAGAGAUAAGGGUAGGACCGUAGGAGGUUGGGGGGUUUUGGGGUUAUUUUUAUUUUCUUAUUAAUUGAAUUAGAAAAUUAAGAAAUAUUUUAUUUAAUG